AUGUGCAUGACGGACCCUCCUAAUUCCGGAGAUGGCGUGGAGUACACUCGCAACAGCCGGGGAAACAACGGAUGUAGAGCGUUUUCCUCGGGAUCGUCCAUCAGAGCAGUUGCGGUGUGCAGCAACAUGAGAACCUUUGCGGUGCAAAGCGGUCCAUACGAGUAUCUCUUCCCACCUCCGACGCGCACCGGCUAUGCCCUUCAGGAGGGAACGGUGGAGGUGACCUGCAACCACGAUGCUCGGCCCUACGCUUGUCUUUGCCGGUCACCGUGGGGGAUGAAGUAUUGCGAGGGUUCGAGUCUUUGCGCGCCCGACGUCCACAACAGAAAAUGCACGAGGCAAGUGCCCAAAGAUAUCGCGCACCGUCGCCGCCGCAUAUUUGGUGGACCAGAGGCCGAUGAUUCAGAGGGUGCCUACGUUUUUGGUAUCUGCAUCGAGCAGAACGAGGAAGUCGACUACCGAGAGGCGAAUACCAAGUCGGGAGAUGAUGCAAUUUCCUCGAAAACUUGCGACGGUACCGACGAGGCCUUGCUGUGCACGAGCCAGCCCUUGCAUCGCGGAGAUGGUGUCACGAUUGGGCAGAAGUCGGGUUCAGAUACACCCAACAGCUGCAGGACUCACUCGUCCAAACAGCAGUCCUUGGCAGCAUCAUCGUUGUGUGCACCUCCCAACAGCGAGCUUCGCCUGGUUACAUCGCCGGGUGACGGCAAAUAUGUGGAAGAGAGCGGUAAAUGGUUCUACGGAGCGAGCUACGGCCUGAAAUUCGAUCCGACCUCCUCCAGCCUGGCACUCUGUCGCGACAGCUGCUGUGCCGACGAGGCAUGCGAGCUGUGGCAAUUCAAAAAGGACUACGGCUGCUUCCGGGGCUCCUCGAAUCAAUGUCUGAGAACCGUGGACCCAUUCUGCGACGGCAGCCGCGGUGAGAGAUUGCGCGGCAGAGUCGGGGGCACGCUCGGAGUGGUUUGGUUUGGAUCCCGGUGGCACAACUAUGUGGAGAUUGCACCUGUGGAUCCAUAUCGCCAUGGAGCGCAGAAGGAGGUCCUUCAGACUUUCGAAGGUGAGUUUGUUCAUUUCUCGCGAUCUGGGCCUGGGGUUCACCAGAUGAAUGUUUCUAAGUCCUGCUGGUCCUACGACCGCCACCCUUCCUGGUGCUGCCCGGGGAUUGCACAACAAGUACGUGCCUGCUGGCCUGCCCACAGCAUUUCGAGCCACUGCUGCUCGCAGGGCCAGUCUGCAGAGGGGAGCAUACUGUACAAUGCUUUCUUUGCUGCGACGCCGCACCUGCCUGCCGAAGAAGUGCAGCAGUUCCACGAGAACUUUCCCGGCUUCGCCAUUGAUGAGGCUUCCUUUGAGGACACGCGCCUUCGCUUCCGGCUGGGGGACAAGAGCCCAAGCUUGAUCUGCCCUUCGGGCUCCAUCGAGCAAACGAUGGACUCCUCCGGAGUCCUUUGGCAGAUGGCCCUCCUCCUGGCCUAUUUUCGUGCGCCGGCCUCUGGCACCUUCCUGAACUUGGGGUCUGGGACAUGCCAGGCACCGGACCCUUUGCACCAACUCCUCAGCUCGGCUGAAGGCGACGGCAUGGUCGGAAUCGCCGUCGACUCCAACAGCAGCCGCCUGGAUGUUUGCAGGGCCACCAUGUCGAACACCCCAGCGCGUGUGCUGCCCGUGCAUCUGACCCUGGAUCCGACCCAAGUAGUUGAGCAGCUGCUGCCUUACCUGAAGCUCAUCUUCGGGGGGGCGCGAAAGCCUUGGCCCUUGGAUUUCCUGGUCGUCGACCUGGAUGGUGUGGACUGCCUGAUCAUUGAGGAGCUGCUGAGGGUCCUGCGGCCAAAGGUGAUCCACUUGGAGAUCAUAACGCACAUCCCGCCCCCUUUUCGCUUCUCUUUGCAGUGGCACAGCAGGCUCUCCCCACACUGGAACGAUGUUUAUGACGUCGACCUGUUGAAUCCUUUUCAGGGUUGCUCCCUGAGCUAUGCGCUGCACAAGUUUCGACCCUUCGGCUAUGCUCUGCUUCCGGGCGGCAUCUCAAGAAGCACCUGA